AGGACACCGCAGAAGCCGUAAACCUGUGCUUGGUCUCACAAAGAUGAAGCAGAAUUCCAAAGACUUGGAGUAUUGUUUUUCCAAGAUUCUUUCUAGGGCUAAAGUUCCACUUUUCCUUUUACCAAGUGGGUUUUCUGGUUGUGAGCUUCUGAGGAACUACAGUGGGCAUCUUGGAUGUGGACUAUUCGCCAUAGUCUGUGGUACAAAUGAUGCAAAAUGUACACCUGGCUCCAGAGACAGAUGAAGAUGAUCUUUAUUCUGGUUAUAAUGACUACAAUCCAACCUAUGAUACUGAGGAAUUAGAGAAUGACACAGCUUUUCAGCAAGCAGUGAGAACUAGCCAUGGCAGAAGACCUCCAAUAACUGCUAAAAUACCAAGCACAGCAGUUACUAGACCUGUAGCUACUGGAUAUGGGUCCAAGACAUCCCUGGCAUCAUCGAUGGGAAGACCAAUGACAGGGGCUAUUCAGGAUGGAGUUACUAGACCAAUGACAGCAGUGAGAGCAGCUGGUUUUACCAAAGCAGCUUUGAGAGGCUCUGCAUUUGACCCACUUGGUCAGUCAAGGGGCCCUGCUCCUCCUUUGGAAGCCAAAAAUGAAGAUAGUCCAGAAGAAAAGAUUAGACAAUUAGAGAAAAAAGUAAAUGAAUUGGUAGAAGAAAGCUGUAUUGCCAACAGUUGCGGAGACUUAAAAUUGGCCUUAGAAAAGGCAAAAGAUGCAGGAAGAAAAGAGAGGAUCUUGGUGAGACAACGAGAACAAGUUACAACUCCAGAAAAUAUCAAUUUGGAUUUAACUUACUCAGUUCUUUUGAACUUGGCUAGUCAAUAUUCAGCUAAUGAAAUGUAUGCUGAAGCACUAACCACAUUUCAAGUUAUAGUGAAAAAUAAGAUGUUUAGCAAUGCAGGAAGAUUGAAAGUGAAUAUGGGAAAUAUUUAUUUAAAGCAAAGAAAUUAUUCCAAAGCUAUUAAAUUCUACCGAAUGGCACUAGAUCAAAUUCCAAGUGUCCAUAAAGAAAUGAGGAUUAAAAUCAUGCAGAACAUUGGUGUUACAUUUAUAAAAACUGGUCAAUAUUCAGAUGCCAUUAAUUCAUUUGAGCACAUCAUGAGUAUGGCACCAAAUCUGAAGGCAGGCUUCAACCUAAUUCUUAGUUACUUUGCUGUUGGAGAUCGAGACAAAAUGAAGAAGGCAUUCCAAAAAUUGAUUGCUGUUCCGUUAGAAAUUGAUGAAGAUGAUAAAUAUAUUUCACCAAGUGAUGAUCCACACACUAACUUAGUGAUUGAAGCUAUAAAAAAUGAUCGUCUAAGGCAAAUGGAACGUGAAAGGAAAGCCAUGGCAGAAAAAUAUAUAAUGACAGCCGCAAAACUCAUUGCUCCUGUAAUUGAAACAUCUUUUGCUGUAGGUUAUGAUUGGUGUGUUGAAGUUGUGAAAGCUUCUCAAUAUGUAGAGCUAGCAAAUGAUCUGGAAAUAAACAAAGCAAUUACAUAUUUGAGACAAAAGGACUUUAACCAAGCUGUAGAGACCUUAAAAAUGUUUGAAAAAAAGGACAGUAGAGUGAAAAGUGCAGCUGCAACCAAUCUCUCAUUUCUGUAUUAUUUGGAAAAUGAAUUUGCACAAGCCAGCAGCUAUGCAGAUUUAGCUGUGAAUUCUGAUAGAUAUAAUCCUUCAGCUCUGACUAAUAAAGGGAAUACAGUUUUUGCAAAUGGUGAUUAUGAGAAGGCAGCUGAAUUCUAUAAAGAGGCUCUAAGAAAUGAUUCUUCUUGUACUGAAGCACUUUAUAAUAUUGGCCUUACCUAUAAGAGGCUAAACCGGCUCGAUGAAGCUUUGGAUUGUUUCCUGAAACUUCACACAAUCCUGAGAAACAGUGCCCAAGUUCUUUACCAGAUAGCAAAUGUAUAUGAAUUAAUGGAAGAUCCUCAUCAAGCUAUUGAAUGGUUAAUGCAAUUAAUCAGUGUUGUUCCAACUGAUUCUAGAGCUUUGUCUAAACUAGGAGAACUAUAUGAUAGCGAAGGAGAUAAAUCCCAAGCAUUUCAAUAUUACUAUGAGUCUUACAGGUAUUUCCCCUCUAACAUUGAAGUCAUUGAGUGGCUUGGAGCCUAUUACAUUGACACCCAGUUUUGUGAAAAAGCCAUUCAAUACUUUGAAAGAGCUUCUCUUAUACAGCCUACACAAGUGAAAUGGCAGCUGAUGGUAGCUAGCUGUUUUAGAAGAAGUGGUAACUACCAAAAAGCAUUAGACACUUAUAAGGAUAUUCACAGAAAAUUUCCAGAAAAUGUUGAAUGUCUCCGUUUCUUGGUUCGUCUCUGUACAGAUAUUGGAUUAAAAGAAGUUCAAGAAUAUGCAACAAAACUCAAGAGAUUGGAAAAAAUGAAAGAAAUAAGAGAACAGCGCAUAAAGUCUGGCAGAGAUGGCAGUGGGGGUCCCCGCAGCAGAAGAGAGGGCAGUGCCAGCAGUGAUAGUGGCCAGAACUGUAGUGCCAGUAGUAAAGGUGAACGACUAAGUGCCAAACUCAGAGCUUUACCUGGAACAAAUGAACCUUAUGAAAGUAGCAGUAACAAAGAAAUAGAUGCCUCCUAUGUGGAUCCACUUGGCCCUCAAAUAGAAAGACCAAAAACUGCAGCCAAAAAAAGAAUCGACGAGGAUGAUUUUGCUGAUGAAGAAUUAGGAGAUGAUUUGCUUCCAGAAUAAUAUACACUUUAAAAUUUUACUUACUAAAUGAAAGAAAUUACCAGACAAGAUAAUACUUAUGUGAAAUUUUGGAUUAAACACCCAGAUUUUAAUUUUGUACACUGUCAAAACCUUAAAUAAGUGUAUUCUACGUGAUGGGUCUAAGUUUUGUUUUAUAUGGAAUAAAAAUAUGUGAAACUAA